CUGAGCCCGCCUCUUCCUGUCAGAGUGAAGCUCUUCUUCUUCUUCAGUAUGGCAGGCUGCGCGUGGAGGUCAAUGCUGUCCCAGGUGGUGGUGGGGGCCAAGAGGCCCACCCUCUCUUCAGCUGCCUUCUUCUCCAGAGGGAUGCAGACUGUGACUCUGAUUCCUGGAGACGGGAUUGGACCGGAGAUCUCCAGCGCCGUCAUGAAGAUCUUUGAGGCUGCCAAGGCUCCCAUCAGGUGGGAGGAGAGGAACGUGACGGCCAUUAAAGGACCAGGAGGAAGGUGGAUGAUCCCUCCAGAUGCUAAAGAGUCCAUGGACCGCAACAAGAUCGGCCUCAAAGGACCCCUGAAGACGCCCAUCGCUGCCGGCCACCCCUCCAUGAACCUGCUGCUGAGGAAGACCUUCGACCUUUACGCCAACGUGCGGCCGUGCGUCUCCAUCGAAGGCUACAAGACCCCCUACACCAACGUGGACCUGGUCACCAUCCGGGAGAACACCGAGGGAGAGUACAGCGGCAUCGAACAUGUGAUCGUGGAGGGCGUGGUCCAGAGCAUCAAACUCAUCACCGAGGAGGCCAGCAGACGCAUCGCCGAGUACGCCUUCGAAUACGCCCGCAACAACCAGAGGAGCAGCGUCACAGCUGUCCACAAGGCCAACAUCAUGCGAAUGUCAGACGGUCUGUUUCUGAGAAAAUGUCGGGAGGUUGCCGAGGGUUACAAAGACAUCAAGUUCACAGAGAUGUACCUGGACACCGUGUGCCUCAACAUGGUUCAGGAUCCGACCCAGUUUGACGUGCUGGUCAUGCCCAACCUGUACGGAGAUAUCCUCAGUGAUCUGUGUGCCGGUCUGAUCGGAGGACUCGGAGUCACUCCCAGCGGGAACAUCGGAGCUAACGGAGUCGCCAUCUUUGAAUCGGUUAGUCCACGGCCCCCCGACAUCGCCGGCCUGGACAUGGCCAACCCCACCGCCCUGCUGCUCAGCGCCGUCAUGAUGCUGCGCCACAUGGGUCUCCAUGACUACGGCAACAAGAUCCAGACGGCCUGCUUCAACACCAUCAGAGACAAGAAGGUGCUGACCAAGGACCUCGGAGGAAACUCCAAGUGUUCAGAGUUUACAGCUGACAUCUGCAGCCGCAUCCAGGACCUGGACUGAAGCUACGCCACACGCUACACGCCACACGCUACACGCCACACGCUACACGCCACACGCUCUGACUCCCUCUUCACCUCCCUCUGACUCCCUCUCUUCCUCCCCCUAUUGGCUGGUUCUAUCUCUGGUGUUUACAUAAAGAAAAAUCAUGUUUCCUGUAACGAGGCGAUAGAUGAGAAGCCUUUAUUGUCAUUAUGUUGGCGAAGAUGGGGCGGGGCUUGUGUCACUAGGGGCGGGACUUGUGUCACUAGG